CUGAGACAUCGUGUUACAACCACAGGACCUUUGAAAAGCAGCAGGAAAUGCUUAAGCAGCUUGAGGGGAAGGGGUAGUCAGAUGACUUGCUGCGAGAUUGGGACCGUGGAGCAGUACAACCACAAACCGCUAAAUUCCUGCGCCCUUUUGGAUUCUGAUUGCCCCAUGUUUGGGUAUGGCUGUCUGUUACGUUGCGCGCAUCUCUUUCUGUUCAAAGAGGGAAGUGCUGUGCAAGCCCAUGCCAUGGUGGGAGGUAGAUCCUGUGGUGGCUUUUCUUUUGACCUUAGCGUGCCUGCUGCUGGGCUACUGGGCUUUGGCUCCGGCUACCGCGACCACAACCAUCGCCGUGACCGCAGCCGUCAGAGGUGUGCCAGCGAGGAUGUCGCUGCCGGCAGGUAAAGUCCACUUCAAAGCCAGUCACGAGUGGCAAGAGGUGUUGCCGCACCACGUUCUACCGACCAACCUGGAGAUCCGCUUCGACCUCUCCACCGGCCGCAACUUUGCACGCCUGCCGAGCGCGGCGGGUCCUGGCGCAGCGAGCGGGGACGGCUCGGAUGAGACCAGCGUGUGCAAGUUGCUGUGUGACGCAGCUACCUGGGGAAAGCAGGAACUGUGUGCCAAGGUGCUUCAGAGCUGCCACUGGACCCCAGAGGUGCUCUCGGCGCCGCUGGCGGAGGCGGCCGGGCGAGGACACCUGGAAGUCUGUGAGGCGCUUCUGAAGGCCCGAGCAGAUCCGGUGGGCCGAGGGCCCAAGGGUGUGACCGCCCUACACCGUGCGGCUGGAGAAGGGCACGAGGAGGUGGCCGAGCUCCUGCUGCGGCGUUGCCAGGAGCUGGGCCUGGCCGAGCCCUUGGCGGUGCAGGACGAUUUGGGGCGGACGUGCUGCUUGGUCGGAACUUGGAGCGAGGGCUUGACCGAAAGACGGGGGGCAUGGUUCCGAUGA